GGCCCCGGGGGGUCUGGGUUGGGGUCUGGAUCCCCAGUGCCAGCCCCCUCCCAUCAUGGCCAUGGGGAGGGGACGGGGGUCCCUCUGAGAGUCCCCGUUCCCGGUCGGCUGGGGGUCCCAGGGGGGUCUGUGGGUACCGGCUGGGUCUCGGGCGGGUCCCGGUGCCAGUCCCUGUUCCCGGUGGGGGUCCCGGUGCCAGCCGCCCCCAGCAUGGCCGUGCCGGGGGUCCCUGGUGGGCUGGUGGGCUUGGGGGUUUUGGGGGUCCCGGUGCCAGCCUCCCCCCAACCUGGCUGUGCCGGGGGGGUCCCGGGGGGCUCCCCGGGGGUCUGUGGGGGGUCCCGGUGCCAGCCUCCCCCCAGCAUGGCGCAGCAGCUGAUCAGCGGGGCCGGCUACGUGCCCGAGGACGGACUGACGGCCCAGCAGCUCUUCGCCUGCGCAGACGGCCUCACCUACAAUGACAUCCUCAUCCUCCCCGGCUACAUCGACUUCACGGCUGAUGAGGUGGACCUUACGUCGGCGCUGACCAGAACCAUCACCCUGAAGACCCCCCUGGUGUCGUCCCCCAUGGACACGGUCACCGAGGGGGACAUGGCCAUUGCCAUGGCUGUGAGUGGGGGGCACGGGGGGGCACGGGGGGGCCACUGGGGGGACAUGGUCACCAAGGGGGACAUGGCCAUUGCCAUGGCU